GCCACCGCCGUCGACGGCAAGAGAGCAGAGCGAGCCGCCGGGGAAGAGGAGCGCCGAGAGACAGUCGCCGCCGGUCGUCGUCGACGUCGCUACCGCCGUCACUGCCACCAGUACUAUUGCGACUACCAUCCUCCACUCGCAGCUAUCGAGCGCAGCAAGGAGAACGAGAGGAGAGGAUGGGUGCCUACUUGUCCGAGCCCAUCACCGAGAAAGACUCGAGCGAUGAGAUCGGCAGGAGUAUCGCCUUCGGCGCGAGCUCCAUGCAGGGCUGGCGGGUCAGCCAAGAGGAUUCCCACAAUUGCUGCAUCGAUUUUGACAAUGAUAUAUCGUUAUUUGCUGUUUACGAUGGCCACGGAGGACACGAAGUGGCUACGUACUGCUCCGAAAACUUACCAAAUUUUAUUAAAAGCACAGAUGCAUAUAAAAAGGGUGAUAUUAGACAAGCGUUGAUCGAUGCUUUUUUGGAAUUUGAUGCCACGUUAGCGACGCCUGAGGUCAUUAAUAUUCUGAAAGAAAUCGCUGGAACUAAAUUAUCAAAUUGUGAAAAAGGAGAGGAUGAUUCUGAUGUUGAAGAAAAUGUUAAUAAUCUUUGCAUGGAGGCAACAAUGCCAUUGGAACAAGUAAUAGCCAAAUAUCAAGCAGAGGUUACAAAUCCCGAUUUGAAGAACGUAAAAAACGAAAAUUGCGCUAGUCGAUCGCAUUUCCCAAGUCCUUAUUUACGUAGUCGAAGAAAUAAAGAUAAAGGAGCAUGUUCUUCGUCCGGUGCAGGUUGCUCGACAUCGUCGUCAUCAUGGAACACAAAUGAGACAGAUGUGAGUAGCUCGAGUCAGCCUUGCGAAUCAUCCUCAUCGACAACAAACCGAAAAAUUGUCGAGAGUGCUGGUAGUAGCGAAGCCGAUCAAAUAUUAGAUUCUACUACAAGCAACGGUGAUGUUCCUCGUGCGUCUCAGGUUGGAUCCUCUUUAGAUUUAGAACCUGCCAAAUCAUUAGAAAUGCCAGACAGCUCCGAAGAUGUCAAUGAUAAUGUUUCACCCAGUAAGGUCGUAGAUUCGGUAUCAAUACCAAACGAAGCAGAGAUAAAUGGGGAAAAGUCAACCAAGAGCUUCGAGGAUGCGGACAGCAGUAAGAAUGCAGGUGAUAACGAAUGUAGUAGUUCAUGCACGCCAUUAGAGAAUGGCGAAGCCGAGCAACAAGAAAAAAUUAGUAGUAGCGGACGAAGAAGAAAUCACUUGAUAAAUCUUUAUGAAAGCUUAUUGAACAAGGAGCAAGAUAAUUCCGAUGAGGAUGAUGAUGAAGACGAUGAAGAAAACGAUGAGACUUUCGAUGGGCAGCCAGAAAGCGAUGAUGGAGACGUUGAAAAUGAUGACAGCAACGAGGAUGAAGACGAUGAAGAAGAUGACGAAGAGGAGGAGGACGAAGAAGAAGAAUAUGAGGACGAGGAUGAAGAUGACACUUCUAUGGAAAUUAAUGAAAAGCCUGGCUCAGACAGUGGCUGUACAGCGGUAGUGGCCAUUCUCAAGGGAAAUGAUCUAUACGUAGCCAAUGCAGGAGAUUCUCGAUGUGUUCUAUGUCGAAAUGGGGAAGCGGUUGAAUUGAGUCUUGAUCACAAGCCCGAAGAUCUGCCAGAAAUGGAGCGUAUUGUAAAAGCUGGUGGUAAGGUUACUGCCGAUGGUAGAGUAAAUGGUGGACUUAAUUUAUCCAGAGCACUUGGCGAUCACACAUACAAAAAAAAUAAGGACCUACCACCCGAAGAGCAAAUGAUAUCGGCUUUACCAGAUAUCAAAACCGCCACAAUAGAUCCAGACAAAGAUGAAUUCAUGGUUCUGGCGUGCGAUGGUAUUUGGAAUUGUAUGUCCAGUCAAAAUGUCGUCAAUUAUAUACGUACGCGUUUACAUCAGGAGCCCGAAAGUAUCUCAAAAAUAUGCGAAGAGCUUUUCAAUCACUGCUUAGCGCCAAACACUCGCGGCGAUGGAACAGGUUGUGACAAUAUGACAGCAAUAAUUAUUCGGUUCAAGUCAACCAAGGCCAUAAAAGAGGAGGAUAGUGUAACAGAAGUCUCUUCGGUCACAAAGAAAAGGCCACUCGCGACGAACAUAUGUACGGAAGAAACUCCCUGCACAACGGAUGACCAUGUGAUAGAAGAAUGUAAACGUUUUAAAACAGAGACAUGCUGAGGACAUUGAUUAUAACCUGAGUAUAACCUGACCCACGAAAACUGUUGCGUUGAAUGUGAAUUUUUGUAAAAUUAUAAAACUUAUAAGAAGCUAUGAAUUUACUCGUCAUUCGUAGCAAUUAUCAUAUAUUAUAGUUUUAUGUAUAAAAAAGAAUGUAUCAACGUUGGAUAUUGGUGAUGGAUCGAGACAUUUGGAGCACAUGAGGAUGAUACAUUUCGUUUUACUUACAAUCCACAUUUUUCACACGUACAUCAUAUACGUCAAUAAUUCUAUUGACUAUAUCUUGCAAAUAUUCGAUUGCAA